CUGUUUUACACAACGGUAAAUGUUGAACAGGAUGACAUUAGUUCCGACUGAUGGAUAAUAUAAACGCUGAUAUAUUAUUAGUGCUACUAAUCCAAACAACUGUUCUAUUGACAGUUACAGCACAACAUAACCUUACACCAAAUGGCACCGCAUUGCAAAGUUCUGUGUUUAAUAAACCUGAUGGUAACCCGGAAUAUGCCAUAAACCCACCUAUAUCAAACAAAUUUACUUUGCAAACGUGUUCCCACACAAGGCCUAAAGGUGACAAUAAACCGGCUUGGUGGAUGUUUCAAUUUUCGUUUGGAUCUGCACAUAUCACAGAUGUAACAAUUUACUACAAAGAAGGCCUUGCUAUUCGAAUGAAUGGAUUCAAAUUAUAUGUAACCAAUACAUCAACUAUUCCACCUGACGGUUAUCUCUGUUAUGAAGAUCCUGAUCCCGGUCUUCCAAACCUCACUCAGACAAUACCAUGUAAUCAACUUGGAAAAUAUGUCAUUUAUUACGAUGAUAAAGGAACUGAUGAAGGAAAAUAUGUCUACGGACCUAUAAUUGAGUUAUGUUACGUUGCCAUUAAUGGUUGCCAAAAGAAUCAUUGGGGAAGUAAAUGCGAGAAUGUGUGUGCUGACAAUUGUUUGGAGCAAAAUUGUUAUCCUGGAAAUGGUUCUUGUGUUUGGGGGUGUAACCCUAAAAACUGUUUAAAUGAUGUUUACAAUAAGGAUACGGCAGUCUGUACCGACGGUUGUAAGAAAAGACAGACUGGACGCUAUUGUAACGAGUAUAACAUGGCAUCUGACGGUUCAGUCUCUCUCUACAUCCCACUGGUGACCCACCGGCUAGUCUAGCAAAUGAUGGAAAUAAAACAUCUUGCUCUAAAACAAAGGGACUUAAUGUAACAUUUCAGGUUGACAUUAAAAAAAUAAGCAUUGGAAAAGGAAUGUAUGUAACUUUUGGUGAACGUACUAGAAAGGAGGGUCAUCAUAUCGUUUACGCUUUGAAUAACAGUAAUUCCUGGAAUAUAGGAACAGUUUUAUACAAUGGAAGAUCUUUGCCUACUGAGAUUAAAUUUAACGCCGUUUUCAGAUACUUAACAUAUAUAUUUUAUCCAGAUCAUGGGCAACCUUCUGAACUUGAAAUAUGUGAAAUAGGGAUU